AUGGCGACACGAAGAAUCGGCUCACCGUUUUCCCCAUCCCUUCCUAUUCUUCUUAUUCUUUUGAGUAUUCUUCAUUCUCAAGCCGCCAAAGUGGAGAGUGUGAUUGCAGAAGGGGGUGCUUCUCGUUUCAGUGCUUCUUCGGGGGGAGGAGGUGGUAGGGGUGCACCUCAGCACUAUCCCAAGACUGUCGGCAACAGCGAGUUCCUGGGGAAAACCCCAGGGCAAAGCGUUCAGAGAUGGGUUCCUUCACGAAGCACUAGACGAGAUGUCAACUCCAGCAACGAAAAAGAGCGACACGAUGCAAUCUUCAGGAAAGUGAGGGGCAUACUCAACAAACUCACGCCUGAGAAGUUUGACAAGCUAUGCCUUGAGCUCCUGAAUGUGGGCGUAGAUUCAAAACUCGUCCUUAAAGGAAUCAUCUUGCUGAUUGUAGACAAAGCCUUAGAAGAGCCGAAAUAUAGCUCGCUCUAUGCUCAGCUAUGUCUGCGCUUGGCAGAGGACGCACCAAACUUUGAUGGCACUUCACCUGAUAUCCAGACACCCCAAAAGCAGAGCACAACCUUCAGAAGACUGCUGAUUUCCAAGCUUCAAGAUGAAUUUGAGAACCGCACCAGAAAUGUUGAAAUCUAUGACAAACAUGACAACCCUCUUACUUCGGAGGAGGAGGAGCAGCGUGCCAUUGCCAAGAUCAAGAUGCUUGGCAACAUUAAAUUCAUCGGGGAACUUGGCAAACUUGACCUCAUCCAUGAAUCUAUCCUUCAUAAAUGCAUCAAGACACUUCUGGAAAAGAAGAAGAGAGUCCAGCUCAAGGAUAUGGGGGAGGAUCUGGAAUGCCUCUGUCAGAUAAUGAGAACAGUGGGGCCGAGACUCGACCAUGAGAAAGCAAAGUCUUUAAUGGAUCAGUACUUUGGCCGUAUGCGAUCCUUAAUGAACAACAAGGAGUUGCCCGCUAGGAUCCGCUUCCUGCUGCAAGAUACAGUGGAACUUCGAGAAAACAACUGGGUCCCCCGCAAGGCUUUCAUCGAUAACGGACCAAAGACAAUUAACCAGAUCCGUCAAGAUGCAGUGAAGGAUUUGGGUGUUUUCAUCCCAGCACCCAUGUCUCAGGGGAUGAGGAUGGACUUCUUCCUGGAAAGCCCUUUCAUGCCCAGCAGAAUGAAACUGGACAGGGAGACUCUUGGGGGUUUGGCUGACAUGUUUGGACAGAUGCCAGGCAGUGGGAUUGGAACUGGCCCGGGGGUUAUUCAGGACAGGUACUCGCCUACUAUGGGACGCCAUCGCACCAACCCACUCUUCAAUGGCCACGGUGGCCACAUUGCCCCUCCACCUCAGUCACAGUUUGACAUGGGGCCCAAGUCUUUUGUUAAGUCCAACCAGGUUCAGAACCAGCAUUUCCUCAACCAGAACCAGAACCACAUGGCCCAGCAGCAGGUCCAGUCCAAGGACAUGCCUCCACGAUUCAGCAAGAAAGGACAGCUCAAUGCUGACGAGAUCAGCCUCAGGCCUGCUCAGUCAUUCCUCCUCAAUAAGAACCAGGUGCCCAAGCUCCAGCCCCAGAUCCCGACCAUGAUGCCUCCCAGUGCCCAACCCCCACGCACUCAGACUCCCCCUCUGGGACAGCCUCCACAGCUUGGCCUGAAGACCAACCCUCCACCUAUUCAAGAGAAACCGCAGAAGACUAACAAGAAACCACCUCCUGCAAAGGAGGAGCUUCUUAAAAUGACGGAGGCAAUCAUGACUGAGUACUUGAACACUAAGAACCUGACUGAGGCUGUGAGUGGCGUGAGAGAGAUGAAGGCUCCAAAGCAUUUCCUGCCAGAGAUGCUCAGUAAGAUCAUUGUGUGCUCCCUGGAUUGUCCAGAUGAGGACAAAGAGCACGCCAGCACUCUGAUUCACACACUCCGCACUGAGGGCCUCAUCACUGGGGAGAACUUCAUGCAGGCUUUCCUUAACGUCCUGGACCAGUGCCCUAAGAUCGAGGUGGACGUGCCCCUGGUGAAGUCUUAUCUGGCCCAGUUUGCGGCUCGGGCUAUCAUCGCAGAGCUGGUGAGCGUGGCGGAGCUGGCUCACCCCCUGGAGAACGGAACCCACUUCCCACUCUUCUUGCUCUGCUUGCAGCAGACGGCCAAGCUCAAGGAUCGUGAGUGGCUCACUGACCUCUUCCAGCAGAGCAAGGUCAAUAUGCAGAAGAUGCUCCCAGAAAUUGAUCAGAACAAGGACCGCAUGCUGGAGAUCCUGGAGGGGAAAGGCCUGAGCUUCCUGUUCCCUCUGCUGAAGCUGGAGAAGGAGCUGCUGAAGCAGAUAAAGGCAGACCCCUCUCCACAGUCCAUCUACAAGUGGAUUAAAGACAACAUUUCACCCAAGUUUCAUACUGAUAAAGGCUUUGUCAACAUCCUCAUGACCAGUUUCCUCCAGUACAUCUCCCAAGAGUUGUGCGAGGCAGAGGGUGAUGAGCAACUGGCAGCGCCCUCUAAAGAGAUGCUGGAACAAGAGAAACAGCUGCUGCUGGCCUUCAAGCCCGUCAUGCAGAAGUUCCUGCACGACCAUACCGAGCUGCAGGUCAGCGCCCUCUACGCCUUGCAGGUGCACUGCAAUGCCCGGGGGUUCCCUAAAGGCAUGCUACUGCGCUACUUUGUCAACUUCUACGACAUGGAGAUCAUUGAAGAGGAAGCCUUCCUUGCAUGGAAAGAAGACAUUACCCAAGAAUUCCCUGGAAAAGGAAAAGCUUUAUUCCAGGUAAACCAGUGGCUCACCUGGCUGGAGACGGCAGAGGAGGAGGAAUCUGAGGACGACGCAGACUAAGAAACCAAGCGGAAGCAUCAUGGCGUAGAUCAACCGUAUCUUAUUGUUAGACUUGUGUUACCUUAUUAAACUCCAUGCUUAAUUUAACCACUA